AUGGCAUCUCAGCUUCACAAAACUUUGCUUUGUGCCACUUUGCUGCUGCUGUUGCUAUUGCUUUCCCGUGUUCCUCUUGUCAAAGCUUCACUCGGAUCCCAAGGGAGAGCGUUGCUCCACUGGAAAGCCACUCUUCGGAGUCGUCAAUCCCUGAGAUCUUGGAACCUCAAUUCUAGUCCUUGCAAUUGGACCGGAGUUACUUGCAAUUACCCCGUCGCAGGUAGAGGGCGUUCGGCGAUCACCGAGAUAUCCCUGCCGAGCAUGGGCUUGGCAGGGCCACUUGAUGCUCUUGACUUUUCGACUUUGGGAUCGCUUCUCCGUCUCAAUCUCUCCUACAAUCAGCUCGGUGGGGUAAUUCCUCUGACCAUCUCCGCUCUCUCCAGGCUCGUAUCUCUUGAUCUCACCAGCAAUCGGUUCACAAGCAAAAUCCCAAUUGGGAUGAGCUCCAUGAAAGAGCUUCAAUUCUUGAGUCUUUGUCGUAAUCAAAUAGUUGGUGCUAUACCUCCAUCUCUUAGCAACCUCACCAGCCUUGUGUCCUUGUCCCUGAAAGAUAACAAGCUUACGAGUGUCAUUCCUAAGGAGUUAGGGAGGCUCCACAAGUUGAUGUAUCUGGAUAUUGGGGUCAAUAGGUUAUCUGGUUCAAUCCCUUUUAGUUUAGGAAAUUUGACAAAGCUCUACCACUUGGAUCUCUACCAAAAUCAAUUGACUGGAGUCAUUCCUCAAGAAUUGAAAAAUCUAAUUAAUCUCGUUUACUUAUCAAUCUCCAAUAAUAAUCUAACAGGCAGAGUUCUAUCUUCUUUCCGAAACCAAACCAAGCUACAAUCAUUUUUGCUAUCAGAAAAUCAGCUCUCAGGAAAUAUGACCAAAUUAAAGUCGCUCGACUUUAGUGAUAAUCAAUUGUCUGGUUCUAUUCCAUUUGAAAUUGGAAAUCUAGCAACCAGCUUUGUUGUCCAAUCCCUUCCUCUCUGGGGAGAUUGA